AUGUCGGGUUCCCGGUUGGACAAGUCUAGUUCCAAGGACACCUCGACGCUGGGCAAAGGUGCCAAGCUCGACGUUGGCCCCGACGGAACAGCGUUUGUCUUCAAUCAACGCUCUUGGUGGACCAGGGUCCCUUUUACGUCUACGAAGCCACCGCCACCACCUCAAUACUCAAUACAAGACUCUCCUUUAAUCCCAGAAGCGUCUGCCAACUGGUGGAGCCUUGUAACGUUUGGCUGGAUUUCACCCCUGCUUGGACUAGGUUAUGCAAGGCCACUCGUCGCAGCCGACCUUUGGAAACUCCAAGAUGAACGAAGCGCCGCCGCUAUCGCCGACAAGAUAAACGAAUCAUUUGAUAGACGCCUGAAAGAAGCAGCCGAGUAUAAUGUCAGGCUUGCCAAUGGCGAGAUCGGACCUGGCGUUGGGAAGCGGAUAUGGUGGUCGAUUACUCCAGGGUCAGUGUCGGAAAAGGAGAAGAAGUGGAGAGAAGUAGAUGGUAAGAAGAAGGCGAGCCUUGCUUGGGCUAUGAACGAUAGUGUCAAGUGGUGGUUCUGGUCGUCUGGCCUGCUCAAGGUCGUUGGCGAUACUGCCCAAGUGACGAGUCCUUUGGUGGUCAAGGCUAUCAUUGAAUUUGCGACAAAGUCAUAUAGUGGACGCCGUUUCGGUGUUGGCGAGGUCCCAGCUAUUGGGGAAGGCAUCGGCCUGACGUUUUGCUUGCUCGCCUUGCAAGUUAUCGCUUCCCUUUGCGUUCACCACUUUUUCUAUCGCAGUACAUCGGCUGGAGUUCUCCUGAGAGGCGGCCUAAUCACCGCUAUCUACACUCGGUCGCUUCGGUUAACCUCUCGAGCGCGUUCGACCUUGACCAACGGAAAACUGGUGAACCAUAUCUCGACGGAUGUAUCUCGAAUCGACUUUUGUGCUGGUUUCUUCCAUAUGGCUUGGACAGCCCCCAUUCAGCUUAUCAUCUGCCUCGCUUUGCUUAUUGCACAACUUGGACCCUCUGCACUAGCUGGUUUCGCUUUCUUCGUCGUGGCCACACCGAUCCAAACUUGGGUCAUGAAGCGGCUGUUCGCACUUCGACGCGACAGUAUGAUAUGGACUGAUAAACGCGCCAAACUCUUGCAAGAACUCUUGGGUGGUAUGAAGGUCAUCAAGUUCUUUGCUUGGGAAAUUCCAUUCUUGAAGAGGAUCGAGGAUUAUCGAAGAAGGGAAAUGGCAUAUAUUCGUUCUAUUCUGUUGAUUCGGUCUGGUAUGAACGCAGUCGCGAUGAGCAUGCCCACCCUCGCCUCUGUGCUGGCCUUUGUAACCUACUCUGCGACCGGCCACACACUCGAGCCCAGUAUCAUAUUCACUUCUCUUACUCUCUUCAACUUGCUCCGUCUACCCCUGAUGUUCCUCCCUGUUUCCCUGAGCUCGAUUGCAGACGCUGCCAAUGCUACAAAUCGUCUCUACGGAGUAUUCGAAGCGGAGCUUUUAGAGGAAACCCAUGUCGUUGACGAGAAUCUAGACGCAGCGAUUGAAGUGAAAGGCGCUUCGUUCACAUGGGAUGCACCACCACCUGAUGAAGAGGAAGGGCAGGCCGACGGUAAAAGGAAGAGAUACAAGAAGAGGCAGAAGGCCUCCGAGAAGCCCAAGUCGGGACCUAAACCUCGUGGGGAGGGCGAAGAUGCAAAGGAUGAGGAAGAGAAGCCAUUUGCUGUGAAUGAUGUGCACUUGGUGAUUCCGAGAGGCAAGUUGGUCGCAAUCGUUGGACCCGUUGGGUCUGGCAAAACAAGCUUGUUGCAAGGCUUGAUUGGGGAGAUGAGGAGGACGAAAGGCAGUGUCACAUUUGGAAGUAGUGUGGCGUAUUGCCCUCAGAGUGCUUGGAUUCAGAACGCUACGAUCAGAGAGAACAUCUGCUUCGGCAGACCUUUCGAGGAGGACAGGUACUGGAAGGCUGUCCGGGAUUCUUGUCUCGAGCCCGACCUUGAGAUGCUGCCGUAUGGAGACAUGACAGAGGUCGGAGAAAAGGGCAUCUCACUUUCCGGGGGUCAGAAGCAGCGCAUGAACAUUUGCCGUGCUAUCUACUGCAACACGGAUAUUCAGAUAUUCGAUGACCCUCUAUCGGCUCUGGACGCUCACGUUGGCAAGGCCGUCUUCCAAAACGUCCUUCAAAAUUCGCUCUCUGGAAAAACCCGAAUCCUUGUCACUCAUGCUCUCCACUUCCUUCCACAAGUUGACUACAUCUACGUGAUCGCUGACGGGCGUAUCGUCGAGCAUGGAACCUACUCCGACCUCAUGGCUCAUGGCAAAGAUUUCUCCAAGUUUAUUACCGAAUUUGGAACGAAUGAAGAAGAGAAGGAAGAGGAGGAAAGGCUCAUGGAAGAGGAAGCAGUUGAGCGCGCCGUCGAAGAUAAAGAGGGAGACUCACAGAAGGAGCCAAUUAAAGGGAGGAAAAGUCAACCCGGACCAGGAUUGAUGCAAGAGGAAGAGAGAAACACCGGUGCCAUUGCAUGGGGCGUGUACAAAGCGUAUGCUCGGGCUGGAAGAGGGGCAAUCGUGUUACCCCUGCUGAUUCUGAGCUUGGCCUUGAAUCAAGGCGCGACAGUGAUGGGCUCGUACUGGUUGGUGUGGUGGCAGGACGAAACAUUUGGUCAGCCACAAAGCUUCUACAUGGGAAUCUAUGCGGCCCUAGGAGUAGGACAGGCCAUCUUUGCGUUCCUCAUGGGUGCAACCUUUGCUCUGCUGACUUACUUUGCAUCUCAGCGACUACACAAGGCGGGUGUCGUGGACAUUUGGAGCGAUCACCCGAGUCAUGCAUGCACCCAUGUCAUUUUUCGAGACAACUGUCGAAUCAUGAAUCGCUUCUCGAAAGAUAUCGACACCAUUGACAAUCUGUUGGGAGAUGCGUUGCGGAUGUUUUCAAAUACCUUUUGUGCCAUUCUUGGUGCUAUCGUCCUCAUCUCCAUCGUCCUCCCGUGGUUCUUGAUUGGAGUUGUGGUGAUCAUGGUCUUGUACAUCUGGGCUGCAGCAUUCUACAGAGCAAGCGCCCGUGAAUUGAAGCGAUUAGACUCGGUGUUGAGAUCAUCCCUGUAUUCGCACUUCUCCGAAUCGUUGUCGGGUCUGGCCACCAUCCGUGCUUACGGAGAGUCUCAGCGCUUCAUUGCGGAGAACCAGAGCCGAGUGGAUGUGGAGAAUCGGGCAUACUGGCUAACUGUUACCAACCAGCGCUGGCUAGGGAUUCGUUUGGAUUUUCUGGGAUCUCUUUUGACAUUUAUCGUGGCAAUGUUAACCGUGGGGACGCGAUUUACUAUUUCGCCUGCACAGACCGGCCUAGUCCUUUCAUAUAUCCUCAGUGUUCAACAAGCGUUUGGAUGGAUGGUUCGACAAACCGCUGAAGUAGAAAACAACAUGAACUCGGUUGAGCGGAUAGAUUACUAUGCCAAAGACAUCGAGCAAGAAGCCAGGCACCAGAUCCCCGAAACCAAACCAGACGAUUCAUGGCCCAAGGAAGGGCGGGUCGAACUUCGCAACGUGUUCCUCAGCUAUAGGCCAGGUCUUCCUGCUGUGUUGAAAGGACUUUCGAUGGAUAUCAAGGCCGGAGAGAAAAUUGGAAUCGUUGGCAGGACCGGGGCAGGUAAAAGCUCCAUAAUGACAGCUCUUUAUCGCCUGGUAGAGCUUUCGUCUGGCUCAAUUAUUAUCGACGACGUCGACAUAUCGGAAAUCGGUCUAUUUGACUUGCGGAGUAGCCUUGCCAUUAUUCCCCAGGAUCCUUUGCUAUUCUCUGGUACAUUACGGAGCAAUCUCGACCCUUUCAAUCAACACGGUGAUUCUGUCCUUUGGGACGCACUAAAGCGAGCAUACCUGGUGGACACACCCCAGCGUGUCGCAGUUGCACCAGAAGACGACAGCCCGAACGCUAGCGGAACGCAAACACCUAUGAACCGGUUCACUUUAGACACAGUAAUAGAAGAUGAAGGGGCAAACUUGUCGAUCGGUCAGAGGUCCUUGGUGUCCCUCGCCCGCGCCCUCGUAAAGAACGCGAAGAUAAUUAUCCUCGAUGAGGCAACUGCAUCGGUUGAUUAUGAGACGGAUCGUAACAUCCAAGACACGAUUGCGUACGAAUUCAAGGAUAGGACAAUCUUGUGCAUCGCCCAUCGACUGCGCACCAUCAUUUCUUAUGAUCGCAUUUGCGUCCUUGACGCAGGUCAGAUUGCUGAAUUCGACACCCCCGAGGACCUGUACAAGAAUACCAAUGGGAUUUUCCGAGGAAUGUGCGAGAGGUCUUCGAUUACACUGGAGGACAUCUUGGAGGCGGCUGCACACGACCAUCUUCCAAAGGCACGAGCAGUAUGA